AUGACCACCCAACACACCCCUUACACCAUCGGGCACGCGCCUUCCCAAACCAAGCACCACGAAUGGCGCACCGCCUCCAACAGCGCCGCCCACCUCCUCCCGCACCUCCAAAAGGCGCUCACCUCCAACCCCAACCUCAACCUCCUCGAUAUCGGCUGUGGGCCCGGCACCAUCUCCGCCUCUCUCGCCCAGCAUCUCCUUCCCUCCGGCCACGUCCUCGCGACCGACAUCGCCGAUGAUGUCCUCUCGCGAGCCAAGGAGCACGCCAUCUCCCAAGGACUAUCGGUACCGGGAAACAUCUCCUUCCAAAAGGCCUCCGUCUACGAGUUGCCCUUUUCCGACAACGAGUUCGACAUCGUGCAUGCCCACCAGGUGCUUUGUCACCUCGACGAUCCCGUAUCCGCUGUCAAGGAGAUGCUCAGGGUUUGCAAACCCGGCGGGCUGAUCUCGCUGCGCGAGUCGGACAUGAGGAUGUGGUGUUUCUGGCCUGAACUUCCCUCCCUACUUAAAUUCCAUGACCUAAUGGUUGAGGUGAUGCUGGCCAACGGCGGGCAGGAUAAAGGCGGGAGGAAGUUGGUGUCGUGGAUCAUGGAUGCUGGGGUUGACCGAAAAGAUAUUGAGGCUGGGUUCGGGACAUGGUGUUAUAGGGUGGAGGAGAUGGUGAAGGGGUGGGAGGAGUGGAUUGAGAGGGGGGAGGCGACGUUGGGGAUUGUUAAUGGGGAGGUUAUUGUGAGGAAGGCGCAGGCAUAA